GUCGUGGGUGAUAACACACCUUUUCCCGGGUACCGACCUUGAUUCCGCCCUCCUUACAGCCUUCAAGCUUUCGCAUGGCUCACCUCUGUUUCGUAUUUAUCUCGUUUUUCGGCGCUGCGGACGCUUGAGCAGGCAGCUUGUUCAGCGACGAAGUCGUCUCCACAGAUCUGCCGCACAGCGCAUAUGUGUCCGACUAUGCAAUGAGUGGGGAUACAGCAAACUGCAGGGCGACUAUCUCCCAUACGUCUUCAAUGUAUACAAGUGCCACAUAUUUGAAGUCUUAUGAACGGGUUCUCUCAUGUUGUCAACUGCUUCUUCACCGACACACGGCAAUGGAACUCUUUCAAUGGCAUCAUAUUUUUCUGCCACAUGAUCAUGUUCUUUUACCAAAACCUCAAUCAACAUUCUUGAUCAAUCGGAGCAUGCUAUUGCAAAAAUACCUGACAGUCGCUGCUCGAGGUAGAAGGAGUAGCGGGCUCUGCCUGGGCCCGGUGACCUCUUUGCUGAGUGAUCAUACAAUUGGUGACAAAUGCUUACUCAUCCUCCACACCACGCACACCGCCUCCCGCGUUGACUCUACUCUUGUUACCAUCGUCGUUCCUCCUAACAACAUCGAUAACCCCUAUACUAGAGUAAACAUGAGUCAGUGGCCAUCUCUUCUAGCAGGGUAUGAAGGUGCAGAACCCCUUCCAACCACGAUCAAUCCUGACGGGAAAUCCCUGUACAACCCACCUGGUCCUCGCUCAGCCUCCUAUGACGAAUUUCCGAAACAAUUUAAUCCGUCUAAGAAUGGUUUCGACUUCCACAUUUAUUACAUGCCCGCUGUGGCUGCUCAGGCGCAAUAUGCGAAAGAAUUACACGAGCGUGUAAGGAGGGAGUUUCCAGAGGUACACAAGUUCUUUCUCUUGCAUCAUCCAGUAAAUACAUUCAGUCCCCACCAGACGGGAGCAUUAUUUUCGUGGCUUGUUGUUAAUCGGGGACCUUGUGACAUUCUUGUCCACCCGAACACUGGCGAUGCACUCAGAGAUCACACAGAGCUGGCGACGUGGAUUGGAAAGACAUGGCCAUUGUAUGAGGAAUCUCUUCGCCCUACUCCAAGUUGAAGAAAAUCAGAGCAUCCUCUACGAAGAUCCUCCGUCCUCUGUAUCAUCAGUCUUUCAGCAGAAAGGCACUGCUUGUUCAUGUACACUAGAUAUAUAUCAUGGCUUACUGCGACGUUUGGUGAUAUAUCUGUAACGCUGCAGCUCAGUUUCUUGGCCGGGUCAUGCAGUUGUUCCCUGUUCUGCGGCCUGCAAACUCAAUCCACCUUC